CGGCGGCGCUGAGGUGAGGCGGCGCGGAGGGGCCCGGCCCGGCGGGGCGGAGACUGCAUCCCCCUGCUACACACACACACACACCCCGCGUCUCCGCCACCGGGCACCGGUGCGGGUCUGCCCGUCGUACCCACACACCCCCCUCCGGCUGCAGGGAAAGGGCGAGGGGCUCCCCGGCUGGACGGCCCCGGGAGUCGGGCCUACCGGUGCGAGGGGCGGCCGGGGAAAGGUGAUCCGCGUUCCCGCAGGGAGGAAGCGGGGGAGGCCGCCUCGGCCGCCCGAGCUGCGGAGGUGUCCCCAAAACAUGGCAGUCAAAUGGACUGGAGGACAUUCCUCAUCUGUACUGUGCUUGAACGUGAAUACGGAAGGGCUGGUGGCUUCAGGCGCGGAGGGAGGCGAGCUCACGCUGUGGGACGGGGGAGGCACUCCGGUGGGACGGCUCCAGCUCCCCAAGGCGGACGACGUGACCUCCGUGCUGUUCUCACCCCGCCACCCCACCAGGCUGUACACCUCCCAUGGAGAAACUAUCAGUUUGCUGGAUGUCCGAUCCCUCAAGGAGCCCAUCGAUCGAUUCCACGUGAAUGAGGAGGAGAUCAACUGCCUUUCAGUGAACGAGACCGAGAGUUUCUUGGCUGCGGCAGAUGACUCGGGGGCAAUAAAGAUUAUGGACUUGGAAAACAAGAAAGUCAGCCGCUCCUUGAGACACUCAAACAUCUGCUCCUCUGUUGCCUUUCGACCUCAGAGGCCUCAAAGCCUUGUUUCCUGUGGACUGGACAUGCAGGUGAUGCUGUGGAACUUGCAGAAAGCUCGCCCCUUGUGGACCACAAGCCUGCAGGAGUGUGAAACGGAGGGCGACAGUCCACAGUCAGCUGGCCAGUUCUUCAACCCACCACUGGCGCAUUCCCUGUCUGUCGCAUCCUGCGGCAACAUCUUUGGCUGCGGAGCUCAAGAUGGUAAAAUCAGAAUAUUCAGAGUCACCGGUGUCAAGUUUGAGCGUGAGCUGGACUUUGAAGGUCACAGCUUGGGAGUAUCGCAGGUCCUCUUUAUGCCAGAAGCGUACUGGUUGUUGACCGGAGGAAAUGAUGGGAAAGUCUUGCUCUGGGAUGUCAGCAGUGAGGUGGGGAAGCAGCAGAAAAGUCCAGCGAAAUCUCUGCAGAGAAGGAAGGCCCAAGCGCUGGCUUCCACCAGAAAAGAUGGAAAGCUCAAAGAAGUGGCUUCCAAUGGACAUGCGAGAGUUUCACCAAAGCUAACCAUUGAGCACGGGGAGAAGGUGAACUGGAUCUCGUGCGCAGAGAUCAAAGGCUCCAGGAGAGUGUUAGUUGCUGAUCAGAGCAGUUCGGUCUCUGUGUAUCCCUUGCCAGAACCUUAGACACUGAGACUUCUAAAGAAAUUUGUGGGGGGAAAAAACCACUUCUUGGGGCAUUUGCCUUGAGCCCAGUUACAUCCGCUGACAGCGAGCUGGGCAGUGAAACCUGCUGCGUCCUCCGGAAGGGGACUUGCCCUGCGCUCACACAACGCCAUGUCACCGGCCUCGCUGUCGGUGUUCACUGCAGCUGCUUCUUGCAGGGUUGGCAGUUUGCUGCUUGAGUUUUUCAAUAUGUUUAGGGGUAAUAUUAGUUCGUGACUAAGCUGACAUGAUUAAAGUUGGAGAAGGAAAGUCACACUAACGGGGACACUCGCAAGGCUAAAUGAGGAAGCUGAGCAAUGACAGAGGUGUCACUGGCUCAGCUCCUUCCAUUUUGAACCAUUGCAGUGCUUUACGUUACUCUCCCCAUUAAACUUAAAUUGGCCAUAGUGGAAAUAUAUAUUUUAAUUGGUUUGUCAGGAGCUGCAUAUGAGACUAGAGAAACAUCAACUAAUGAGUAAUCCAAUUAGUUUAACUGGAUUUUUUCACACUGCAGUAAAAGAAGGAGCAGGGGACACUGUUAACACCUCUUUAACAGGUCAGCUGUCAUAGGCAUUUAGUUGUUUAUCCCAGGGGGAAAAAAGCUAUUACACUUGUCUUAAUAAAUGCUUUCUUUCUCACGG